UUUAACUGUUUAACUCAAGAUAAUUUCUUACACCGUCCUCCACACCAGUGAGCGGCGCAGUUCCACCGAUCCACAAACCGAAACACAAAACCAGCACCAGCACCUCGGCGUGUUCACGGCGAAGGCAGACAUGUUGACCGUGUUCGUAGUAACAAAUAUUCGCAACAAACUAUAGACACUCAACGCAAAAGACGCCUUUCUUGGAAUUUACAACACAUACUAACCUUAAAGAUGUCGACAGUUGGCAUAAGGAAGAGGUACACUUCUGCUAUGGAGAGGAUUAUAAAGAACGCGGUGUCCGAGAGCGGUAAAGUUUUGGAGACCAUCAUUGCGGAGCUGAAGGCUGAAGUGCUGAGAGUCAAGAGUGAAAACGAGAAUCUAAAGAUCAGAUGCAGUCAGUUUGAAGAAGUAGUGAAAAAACGCAGUAUUUACAGAGAGACUGGGACAUCUCCUGAGCCCUAUAUUAUUGAGAGGUGCGACAAAGCUGUCCAGUGUGAACUUGCUUUCCAUCAACCUGUAAACAUGGAUCCAAAUAUCUCAGACAACGAAACACAAAGUGAAUGUUCAUUUGGGCCUCAUUAUGAAAAGGAGUGCUCUAAUGAUUCUUUUUCAUUCAUAAAUAUGAAUGAAGCUGAGCAUGUUACUUAUGACUCACUUGAUAUAUCAGAUGAAACCCCACAUGAAAAGUCAUUUGACCAGGAAAGAAACACAAAUGACGACAAACCCAAACAGAAAAAUAAGGAAAGCAUUAAAUAUUCUGAAACAUUUAGCUGCCCAUCAGACCAAGUAAUUUUAACCACAUCUCCACAAGUUGAACUGAUUGAAGAGCAUGAAAGCUGUUAUGAAACUUCUGAAAUGGAAAUACAGGAAACGUGUCAAGAGGAUGUUGGCAUUGAUUGUGCUAAAACGGAUGAAUCCUUUUUGGAAUGCCAAGUAGAAAGCCAAAAAGAAGUUAACGAGAGAAUAACUAUUUAUAUGCAAGAGGAAAUCUCCACAGUAAAGGAUGGUGUAACUUGUGAAAAAUCCAAACCAAAAGAUUCAUGUGUUGUUGCUCAGCAACAGAUUGAGAUAACAGAGAUGGAAGAUGAAAUUGAUCCACAAAGCAAACUUUAUUCAUUUGAAUUGAAACCUGACAAUGUUUCUUCAGCUAUUACAACAAAUGCUGACCAGCUAAUAACUCCGUCAAAAGUGGCCGCCUUAACAGUUACUCCUACUGGACCAGAAAUUGACAGUACAGCAUUUCAGUCCUUGUCUACUGAAGAUCCACAUGCAAGAAAAGCACAGAAAAUCUCACAAUCUCUGAAGUAUCCAUAUUUUUUGAGAAGGCAGAGGUGCACUUCAGUAACCUUGGAAGAUGCCAUGCUUUUGCUAGACGCAGUCAACCUACAUGAAUUUAAAUCCUCAACCCCAAAGAAAGCCCAAACUAAGCAUUCUUUAAGACAUGCAACAACAACAAGAAAAAGACGUAACAACCCAGAAAUAACGCAAACUUUUGUAUCAGAUACAAAAAAUUUAGAAGAAAAUGCAUGUCAGUCUGAAACUGUACAGCCACAAAUGGCAGAAGCUAUAGUAGAAGGUUGCCCUGCUAACAUGGGUAAAGAGGGGCAACAACAUAAUCAGGAAACUACCUCACUUACCAUACCAUCACCACUUCAAGCUGCCAUAGAUCACAGCAUUCUUAUGGUAACACCUACAACACUCAGGGCAGUUACUGAAACGGAUUCAGUUAGCAUGGACAUUGAGGACCACCAACAUGAUCUUAAAAUUUUGACUUUGCCCACCCAUCAGUCAUCUGCUACUGCUACGACUAAUACAACUCCCAAUACAACACUGACAAAACAAGGUGAAGAUAUGCAAGUUGUAAACAACAACACCGCUAUCAUGUCCACUGAUGGCCAAGGACAUGAUCAGAUAACCACUACUACUCCUGCUUUUACUGUUGAACCAGAUUAUGUAGUACAACCAAUAAUUCGAAGUGUAACACCUUCAAAACAAGAUGAAACCUUUGAAGCAGUAGAUCUUAAUGAAUACCCAAUUGAAAGUGUGACAACCUGUGUGGAUACUGUGCUUUUGUCAACAUCAACUGAGCUGGCUGAAGUGGCACAUGCUACAGCAGACGAGACUCAAAAUAAUAUGGUUGACGUCACACCUCCCUCUGUUAUGUUACCUCCAGAAUCAUUAAUACAGUCUGAAUCUGAGCAAACGCAAACAAAAGUUGAUGAAACAGAAAGUGUUGCCCCGAUCAGUGUCCAUUCAUCUCUUGACAUUGAGAGCCAAGAAAAUGACAUUACAUUUUCUCUUGGAGAUUUACCUCCAAAACCACCACUUAACCCUGUAACUCAACACACCCUCCUUCUAAAAAUGCCAGGAGAAACAGGUGAUAAAUGUGACUCGGUUCUUAAAACCAUUACUUCUUCAUCAACUCUGUCUCCUGCUCAGCUCAGUGCUGUUGUGUCAGCUGUCCGUUCAGCUCAGAACACAAGUGUAUCCACAGGACCUUUGGCAAACAUACCCAGUGGCAAAAAGGCACUUGUAGCUGUUCCUUUUUCACUUAAAUCUGUAAUGAAGCCACAUCAUAAAAUUAUAGUAAUACCAAGACAAUGCAAAAUCUCACCAUCACAGUCGAUAACAAAAGAUAAGUCAGUUGUACUGAAAAAGAAACUACAAACAGAUGCAACUACUACUGUCAUUUCGAAUGAUGUUAAUCUAGUCCCUGGUACUGGUGACGAUAAUACUACUCUUGAACUAGACAAGCAGCAAUUGGCAUCAGUAACUACUCAGGCACUUCCCGAAUCGUUAGAUAGUUUGGAAAUUGAACAAAACUCCCCUGUUCAAGAAAACUUCCCAUGCAAAAACACUGCACAGGUUAAAUUAAAUAGGUUGCCAUUUCCAGUAUCAUCGGCACAAACUGUAUCUGUCGCCAACAUGUCACCGCUUGAAGAGAAAAAUGCACCAAACGGCUCAUCAGUAAAAACAAUAAAUUCAGAAACUGCUACAAGUCAACCUGCAGCCCAGCCACUUCAAGAUGAUUUAACCAGUACUGUAAUUGACACCUCUCCUUCUAAUUUGUCCAGUAAGCAUGUUCAAACAUCUCCUAAAUGUAAAAUCAAAUCUACUAGCCAGUCAACUACUAUUGUGCGGCUUUCACCUGUUGUGUCCAAUGAUCACUCAUACCCUCAGCACCGCAUGACCAAAUCCCAAUUCUUGGCUAAGCUGGAAGUUUCACCUGUCACUCAAGAUUCAGAAAAGGCUGGCUCAAGUGGGAAGGAUGUCCCUAAAGCUUCUCUUGUGGAUCGGCUUAGAAGUCACCUCAAAACUCAUACAAAAACUACAAAAAAAGUACAAGAUGGCCUAAAUCUCACAAUGAAGACUACAGAUUUCAUACCAAUAAACCAAGAGAUUUCUAGUCCUGACCAAGAACAACAGAGUGAAAAUGUGAAUUUGCCAACCACUUUAGCUUGCAUUGAUGACAAUAAAUCUGCUUGUCCAAAUAUAUUUAGAAGUCCUAUUAAAACCUCCCCAGUUACCAAAAGGGUUUCAAACGUUAAACAGGUUAAAAUUAAAAAUAGUCCAAAAACUGAUCAGAUGACACCAAUUAAGCCUGUCAAGAAACGUAGAUUGAAAAAGGGAGGAGCAAGCAGUGAAAAUAUCCUUUUACGAGGUAAUUUAUCUCCAAUGCGUAAUAAACUCAUCAAUAGCAAUGCACUGUUAAGUUGCGUAAGAAAGGGCUUAAUGAAGAAGUCAUUUUUAUGCAAGUUUUGUCGAAAGGAAUUUGUCAAAAAGAAAGACAUUGAGGAGCAUAUCCAGGUGCAUGUUGGAAAGAAACCAUUUCAGUGCAACAUUUGUCAUAGAAGGUUUUCACGAACAAUGGAGCUUUCAAGACAUCUGAAGAGACACAACGCUGAGAAGAAAUACCAAUGUACAUCUUGUGGUAAAGCAUUUAUUGAGUACAACAAUUUAAAAAGGCACACAUAUAUUCACACAGGGGAGAAACCAUACUCAUGUCCACACUGCCCGAGGGCCUUUACACAAUCAGGCCACAUGAGGACUCAUAUUAAAAAUCACCAUAAAGACACUCAACGUUAACUUGAGAUUUGCAAUAGAUCACCAAAAACAUUUUGUUGACAAGGCUUGUGAGAUGGACUCUCAAGCUGUUGUUACUGGGUGGUUGAGGGAAUGUUCUGAUGUAAACAAAAAAAUCUUUAAAGUAAUAUUGAAUUUUAAUUAUGUGCCUUUUUGUUACAGAUGGCAUACAGUGUUAUUACCAUUGCAUGUUGUUUUUCUGCAGUUUAAAAUGCUUUUACUCUGUUAACAGAAUGUGAGGUUUACAGUAAAUCUGUAUUGACUUAUUUUACUUGUUCACAGUAAAUUGAUAAUUUGGCUAAAUGUAGCCUAUAGUGUUAUUUUUGUUUUUGUAUUAUUGCUUUUGUCAUACUGUGUGUAUAUUGUAAUAUAUUGUUUAUUUUUCAAAGAAAAAAGCUUGAAUUCCUA